GAGAGAAUAAAGUAUAUAUUAUGCCAAAGAGCAAGCUUCACUUGAUGAAAUCCUCUUGACUUCGUCAUUUCCCUUUUCUCUCGUUCCUGCGGAGACAGAAAGACAGUACUCUAACUUACUCUUCCCCUCCUCCUCCUCUUCCUCCUCCACCACCCCGGCGGCCGCCCACAUAGUCCCUGCGGUGAGGACGAUGGGGUUGUUGUCGGACAAUUCAUCAGAACUCCAGCUGUAUAGCCAUCUCGCCAUUGUUCUCGGCAUCGGUCUUGGACUUGUGACCUUCGUCAUCAUGUGUUUGUUCUUGAGUCUUUUCGUGAAUCGCCGCGAGCGUCGUCCUGCCACCAAGGCCAAAAGCAGGAAAGGCGACUCGCACGACAAAUUGCGCAAGCUGGACGCUGUCUCACCAGCUCGUACCCUGGAGGAUUGGUGGUCGCGAGCCAAGCUUCCCUCCGAGGGCGCCGACGGGCAGUUCAUGUGUGCCGUUUGCCUCGAGUCUGUCCAGCGCUCCCAAGAGAUACGAGAAUUGAAGUGUCUACACGUUUUCCAUCGAGAAUGCCUAGAGAAAUGGUACCUGCAGGACCAUUUCAACUGCCCACUCUGCCUCCGGGCCUAUUACGUGCAAGAGACAUAUUCCAGCAACGAUUUCGUCUGGAUGGUAUGAUUCCGCAACCAUUCACGCCAUAACGCCACUUUACAUCAUCUGCUCGCAGCGACACUUUCGAAAGCGCCCGUCGAACGAUGUAUCCUGCUCUUCUGCCACCGGCCUACCCUCGUCGCGGAGGUGCUAUACCUUCUUCCUAUUCUCCUCAUGAUGAACGGUUUGCGUCACAUGAUGUCGCACAGUGCAUCCUCGCUGAAUUCACGAUCUUUCAUUUAUGCUCAUGAGUCAUGAUUGAUAUGAUACCCUUAUUCUAUGCAAUUGAACC